GGGCAUGUGCUGCCCACCGGCCACUGCCCAUGUGGAGGGAGAGCCCCACCGCUUUCAGCGCGAGGUUUUUGCGCUCUCUGAGAAGGGGCACCGCCGCGUGUUGGCGCUACGGGAUAGGGAUAGCUUGGGAGACUUCAUCCAGCGCCUGGCAGUGCAGCUGGAUGGCAAGGUGCUGAGUCAAGAGCAGCAGAAUCGUUUUGUGAAUUGGUACUGGCGCUGCUGCAAGAGCCGCCCGUUUCGCCCAUUUCAGGCCAGCUUUCAACAACUACAGGAGACCUUGAAAGAGCAAAGCUGGAUCCUUUGGCACGACCAAAGUCUGAGUUCACAAGAGUGGAAGCUGAAAAUCUACUCCCAGGCAGACAGCUUCAAGCAUCAGCGAGCCGAAUUGAAGGCCUGGCAGAAGCAGCGGCCCCCCUCCACCGAUGCCUUGCUGGAGUCGCUCGAGGCCUGGGAUGGUCGUGAGCUGCAACGAAAGGACGAGCUGAGGCUGCCUUUGCAGAUGCAAGCGAGGGCAUGGCCAAUCACUGAGGAGGGCUUUCAGCAAGCGAAAUUGGCAGGUGAUACCGAGAUGUGUUCCUUUGUGCAGCAGCUACUGGUGUUGAUGGGUGGAAAGGUGCUUCGGAAGGGACAAUUGUUGCCCUUCACUUUCUGGUACCUGCGGGUGGGAUACAAAACGCAUGAAGGUCUAGAAGGCCUCCAGCAAGUGCUACAAGAGCAGACUUGGGUGCUUUUCCCUGAUGACAGUCAAAAGCUCCAGGCCUGGAAGGGCCGCGUGUCCUUGCGGCGGAUGCCCAAGCGAAGGAGGUCGAAGGAUUGGUUCCUGGCAUGGCCCGAGAAAAGGGUGAAGCAGCAGCAGAUGGUGAAGGUCUUGUCGGCCAAAUUCGUGGAGCCCAAGGAGCUUGGGCAAUUGAUCCUCUUUGCUCAUCGCACUUCCCUGAUGACCCCGGAGAUUUUAUCCUUGGCGAUACGACGUUUGGGGCACCUGCAACAGUGGCAGAGCGCCUUCGAACUGCUGUGCUCUGCCCACAACGAACGACUGGAGUCCACUGCACCACAUGUGGCUGCGGUGGAUGUGUGCCGAACCGUGGGUCGCUGGGACAUGGCCUUGGGCUGGUUGUCGGAUGCCAAGACCUGCAACCUCCCGGCAACCAACGUGAGCAACGCGGUGAGUGCCAGCCUCCUACGUUGCAGGGUGGAGGCUUGGGCAACGAUGCUGGAACUGCUAAGGGAUCGCCUGGAAAGUGGGCAGCAAGGCUUGCUGCUGGCAGAUCAGAUCAGCUUUGGCACCGUUUUGGCGGCCUGUAGUCGCUUGCAUUACUGGGCACUGGCUGUGGAGUUGGUGCAACUCAUGCAGACGUCGCGUUUGACGCCUGACGUUGUUCCUUUGUGCUCAGCGGCAGCUGCUUGCAAUCGAGCAGCUGCUUCGAGCAUCUCUGGUGCUUGGCGGUGGUCCUUGUAUUUCUUUUCCCUGGCUCGCUGGGCCGGGCAAACCCCUAAUUUGACGCUGCACAACUGUGCCAUCUCUGCAGUGAGCCAAGUGUCAAAGCAUGGCAACUGGGCAUUAGCCAUGCAGAAACUUCAGGAUCUCAGCACUUCCCGGCUGCAACCGGACCGCGUCUCCUUCUCCACAGCCUGCGCUGCCUGUCAGCGCGCCGCUGCUGUGGAGCAGGGCUGGCGGCUGCUGAGAGAACUUCCACGGCACUCACUGCGCGCCUGCGCUCUCUUCUACAGCACCUUGGUGAUGACGUGUUCCUCCCAGAUGCGGUGGCAGGAAGCGGCGACCUUGCUGCCCCAUUUGAAGAGCGGCAUGGACACACGCCAAGCGUUCUUGGGCUCUAUGGUCAUGGCGCGCCUCUGGCCCGAAGCUGUCCAGUUGUUCGACACCUGGCGAUCCUACCCUGAGCGCGGCCCACCACGGCGACACCUGGAGCGGAAGUCGGAUCUGCUACCAGCCCUGCAGGUGUGCCGCGCCACGGGCGCCGUGGCGCACGCCCUGGCCUUGCUGCGGGACGUCACGGCCCGGCGGUGGCGCAUCGAUGCAGAGGCCUUGGCCAUGGCGGCCAUGGCCGCCAGGAAGGACAGCUGGCAGCGUGCGAUGGCCUUUUGGGACGAGACCCGACAGGUGGGACUGGACUCACCGAAAACUCCGUUUUCGGUGCAGUUUUCGGCGAGAUCGUGGCCGAUCGCCUUGGCUUUGGCGGAUGGAAGCUGCGAGGCCAUGAAUGGUGCGAAUGGAUGGCAGUUCUCGCUGCAACAGCAGCGCCAGAUGGCGCUCGCAGAGCCCGAUGCCCGGCAGCAUCAAGCUUGUGCGGAGCCAUGGUGCUUAGAACACGGCGUGGAAAAGAGUGGCUCAUCCUGGAACUUGGAAAAAAGAGACUCGUCCUCUUCGGUCAUGCAACGCGUCUCCUUCUCCUUAACGGCGCUGGAUCUGCGCAUGGUUGAUCCUGUGAGCUUGGACAGCCUCAACCUUCCCAAGUGGUGCAAAAGUUCUGGAAUCGCCAAGGUGCCGGUGGUGAGGCUCUUUGGUAUCUCUCGUCAAGGCGCCAGUGCCGGUGCCUUAGAUUUGGGAGAGAUGGAGGGUUGCAGCACCAGCCAAUAUUCCACGCCCAGGUUUGCGCCCACGUGCACGGAUCCUGGCCUUUCUUUUAUGCCCGCCGAACUUUCAGAGGAGCUGGCCCAGCAGCUGACAUGUACAGACACCGAUGGCGAGAUUGCCCAGCCGGCCCAGCUAGCUGCGGCCAUUGAAGAUGCGGUGAAUCAGCGGCGCUCGAGAGCCGUGAAGGUGGUGAACCUCCAAUUGGAGAGGUGGCGCUCCGUCUAUGGCCUCCACCUGGCCUUGGCGCCCUUUCUGCGGGUGGAACUCAUGGACCCCCGCGACGUGGAGCUGGUGGCCGCCGCGCUGCAGCAGGGCGAUGUGCCACGCUUGGGCACGGUGCAGGCACACGAAGCUCAUUUGCCAUUUCUUCUUCACUUUCUUUCUGAGCACCACUUGAGCGGCGCGGGCUUGGUACGGGUCAGCGGCACGGAGCGGGCAAGCCGCCUGAGCUGCUGCACGCUGGAGCUUGACGUGAUGGCGCCCGAUGGCAUUGUGAACUGGACCGAGUUUCGGGAGCUGCUGGAGCGCUGCAGGGGCUCGGAAGCGAAGGCCUUGGCGGCCUUGCGAGCACAGCUGUGCCAAGGGCCCAAAGUGCCCAGUUCAGUGCCAAAAAACUUGGCCACAUCCCCUCGGCCGGUGCCUGGGGCCAGGACGCCCUUGGCGCUUCGCGCAGCCUUGCAGCGCUGGCUGCGGGGCGGUGAAGCGCCAUUGACCGAGGCCACUGCGGCCUUCUCGGCCAUGGCACAGGAGAUGGCUACGGAGUGGCAGCGUGCGCAACGCGCGGUGCAGGACAUUGAAGACUUGGCCAAAGGGGGAUCGAAGUUGUCAAAGUUCCGGGAAGCCUCGCCGGCCAGGCUCGAAAAGAUCAAAACGAUGACGGCGGUGUAUUUUGGAGCAACCGAUGCGGACAAAGCAUGCGAUGCGUUGGUGUCCGACCUAUUGAAGGAUGAGGAGGAUGCGGAACAGACGGACGUGCCCGAGGAGCGCAGUGGCGAGGUGACGCUGAACGCCGAGUCGGAAGAGGAGCGACGCUCGCCCAGUGGACCACCAGGCCUGAUCUUGAGCACUACAUCUUCGGCAGUGAAUUCUUUGAGCAGCCCGAGCUAUUUUGAUGGAGGCUACCGUCGCAACUUGGCCAUGAGCCUCCAGGACGAAUGCCUGGAUGAGGAUGAGGAUAACAACUUUGAAGUUGGAGAAGCCAUGGCGCCGGAGUCAUUCGAGAUGUUUUAUCCGCCUGUGGUUGCUCCUCCCAUGGGUCCCGGCCCUGAAUAUGAUGCCUGGUUGGCCCAGUUGCCAUCCAUUGGCUCGGCCAAUCAUUUCCACGGCACCUGCGACCGAUGUUGCUUCCACCCCAAGGGCCGCUGCCACAACGGCUACAACUGCCAGCACUGCCACUAUGACCACGAGAAGCGAAAGCGCAAGAGCAAGAAGAAGAGCGAUGGCAGGACCAACUUGACGGCCCUUGAGCUUGAUGCCCGUUCCAUGGGCUCCCUGCCUCCCACGCCGCAUGGACAUAUGGGGCCACUGAUGCCACCACCACUGGGCUUGGGGGGUUACCCAUUGCCUCCCUAUCCGCAAGGUCACUUGGCACCUCCCGGCCCUCCAGGUCUUCCUGCCUUCCCUCCAUUUGGGUAUCAUGGCGAACCCUUGGCGCCCCCACCAGAUUUCCUGCCCUUGGCCGAGGACCCAUUGACCCCGCCCCCAGCCUGGGAAGACUAUGUGUGCCGCUUGGAAGAAGAGAACCGCUACCUCCGCGGCAUGUUGGUCCAAUAUCUCGGGCCUGGAGCCUCCCUUCCUCCCACCGUGAUUCCGAGCCACCGCCAGCCACCCAUGGAAGGGAUGUCCCACAUGAACCUGGCUCCUGAGUUUGCCAAACCUCAUUUGGAGCCUGCUAUGUCACCUGGUGCUCUUCCAUUUUGUCCCCAGGGCUGGGAUGCCACCCGAGACUUUCAGGUGGUGCCCUGA